CUGAACCCAAUGACCGAGGGUGCCGGGCGCUCCAAGACCCCAGGCCCCAUGGCGCAGAAGCCCAUCAGCAGGGCCGCGGCCGAGCGCAUGAACCUCGUGGCCCAGGACGAGAUCUGGAAAUACCGCCUGAAGGCUGAAAACGAGGCACGGCAAAACUGGGCCCUGAACUGGGGAUUUUUAACAACCCCCCUCGAGGAGCUGAUCAAGUGUGAAGAGCCCGCCACCCCAAAGCCCAAAAUCGAGCUUCCCGAGCGCUUCCGCAUCCGGCCAGUGACCCCAGUGGAGAAAUACAUCAAGGUGCUCCCAUCCCGCCCAGUCCCGAAGACGAGCCAGGGCUUCAUCGGCUGGAGAUCCGGGGUGCCGGGCCUGAACAAGUGUCUGGAGCACGAUUAUGAGAUCAGAAGCUGCAAAGGGGCGUAUGCCAAGGAGCUAAACUGGCCUAAGCAAGGUAUCCACUGAGUCCAGACAGAGACCCUGGCCCCUGGGGCAAGGAAGGGUGGACUGCCAGAUGCCGGUGCCCAUGCCCAGGAAAGGAAGAGCUCCCCGGCCUCCCCCCCAAGGACAGGGUUCCCCUCCACAUCUGCUCAUGGGAUAUUGUUGCAAAGAACACAAAACAGCCCUUAGACGUUUUCAAUUCAUUAAUGCCUCCCUUCCGGAACAUUCUUGUAACAUAUUCAUUCUUGGCUAAUGCAAUGAAUAAAGCAAAA